GACGGAGAAUAUGUCCCGAUAUGGAACAAUAGCCUAAAUCUAAUCUCUUCACCAACCAUCAUGGCCGCCUCCGAUCGACGACUCCUCGCCGCUGGAUCCAACGCUCGAGGGCAGUUGGGCAUAUGCAGCACAGACGACUCGCACUCCUUCGUCCCUGCAUCUUUUUCAGGGCAUCCCGAAAGCUGCAUCCCGUCUUCGCCCAUCUCCAUUUCCGGUGGCGCGAACCACACGCUGGCGCUUCUUGAGGGCACGUCGGGCUCGCCUGAGCUGUGGGGUGCUGGAGAUGGGUCUUGUGGGCAUCUGGGCCCGAAUAUCAAGCCCAAUACGACGGUCUUCCAGCGCAUCAGGUUGCGCGGGCUAAAGAAGCGGCGCUGUCGUCUGAUGCAGGCAGCCUGGGAGACGUCGUAUGCAGUGUUCUCAGCGGACGGACAGCCUGACGUUCUCAUCUCGAUGGGAGGAGAUGAUUUCGGGGAUCUGGGCGUGGGGAAAGGGAAAAAUUUGAAGACGAUCCCGCGAACAGGAUACCACAUCGUGAAGCUGGAUCACUUGCUGGAGGAUGUAGACGGGAAUACGCUGCGCGUCGACUGGCUAACUGCUGGUCCGCAUCAUGUCGUGCUCCGCCUCUCUGCGAACCAUCGACGCGCUUCGCAUCGGAAGGCAAUCGUCGUUGGCUGGGGCGCUUGUCGGCAUGGGCAGCUGGGGGAUGUGGCGAGCGAGGGAAGCAAGACGCCCACUUUCAUCGACACGCCGCGCGUUAUCUUUCAUGACAACCCUAACGAUCCGAUCGAGCAAUGCGCGGCUGGACAUCAUCACACUGUGAUGCUCAGACGCUCGGGUGCGGUUUUGGCCUUCGGUUCAGAUCGUAAAGGGCAGCUUGCGGGGAUCCACGGUCGGACGGGGGUCAAGGCCAUUGGGUGCACUUGGCACGGGACAUAUAUCGUGGAACAGGACAACACUGUCCGCGGUACAGGAAGCAACAUACAUGGGCAGUUGGGCAUGGGACAUGCAACAUCUGAAAGAGUGGAAUGUGCGGCAGCGGCGCUUCCUCCGACGGACACACAUAGACUGUUUGACUUGGCUUGCGGUAGCGAGCAUAUAAUCGCACGGCUGGAGACCAGCGGCGGAACAGAAGCAUGGGGUUGGGGAUGGAACGAGCACGGGAACCUUGGGACUGGAUCGCUGGACGACGUAGACGUUCCGAAAAGGAUAUGGCCGAAGGAAGGAGACACGGCAAGCGAGGUUAGAGGAAUUUGGGCAGGGCUAGCGACGAUUUGAUGUGCUUCUUGACUAUCUUCUCUGCAUCGACGUCGG